GUGUGUGCAUCUUCUGUGCAGGGCUGCUCGUGGUCGGUCAUCUUUGUGGAUCUGGACGCUCACAAUCGGAACAGACAGACCCUGUGUUCCCUCCUGCCCAGGGAGUCCAGGUCUCAUAACACGGACGCCGCCCUCCUGCCAUGCAUCAGCUACCCAGCCUUCGCCGUGGACGACGACGCCCUGUACUCCCAGACGCUGGACAAGAUCGUGCGCAAGCUGAAGGGCAAGUACGGCUUCAAGCGCUUCCUCCGCGACGGCUACCGCACGGCCAACGAGGACAAGAACCGCCUCCACUACAAGCCAGCGGAGAUAAAGGACUUUGACGGCAUCGAGUGCGAGUUCCCGAUCUUUUUCAUCUACAUGGUGAUUGACGGUGUGUUCCGUGGGAAUUCCGCUCAAGUUAAGGAAUACCAGGAGCUUCUGGAGAAGGUCAUGUUCCAGGCUUUUGAUGGUAACGCUGUCGUGCCCAAGUACUACCACGUGCCAGCAGACUUUGUGGAGGCGGAGCAGAAGACGCGUGGCAGCCAGAAGCGUUUCCCUAGCAACACGGGCCAGGACGGGAUGCUCUUCCUCUGGGGCCAGGCCAUGUACAACAUCGCCAAGCUGCUGGUGGACGGCCUGAUUAGCCCUAAAGAGAUUGACCCCAUCCAUCGCUACGUGCCCCAGCAGGACCAGAGGAACGUCAGCAUGAGAUACUCCAACCAGGGCCCUAUUGAAAAUGACGUGGUGAUACAUGUUUCCCUGAUUGCAGAAAGUCAACGACUCCAGGUUUUCCUGAACACCUACGGCAUCCAGACUCAGACCCCACAGCAGGUGGAGCCCAUUCAGAUCUGGCCCCAGAAAGAACUGGUCAAGGCUUACCGCUUCUUGGCCAUCAACAACAAGCUUGGUUUGAGUGGUCGUCCUGACAGACCAGUGGGUUGCCUGGGUACCUGCAAGACCUAUCGCAUCCUGGGCAAGACUGUGGUGUGUUACCCCAUCGUCUUUGACCUGAGCGACUUCUACCUCUCCCAGGACGUCCUGCUGCUGAUCGAUGACAUCAAGAACACACUGCAGUUCGUCAAACAGUGCUGGAAGAUGCAGGGUCGACCACUCUUCUUGGUCCUCAUCAGGGAAGACAACAUCAAGGGGAGCCGUUUCAACCCAGUUCUGGACAUGCUGGCAUCGUUUAAGAAGGGCAACAUCGGAGGGGUGAAAGUUCACGUGGACAGACUUCAGACUCUGAUCUCAGGGGCUGUGGUGGACCAGCUGGACUUCCUGCGAGUCAAUGAAGCAGAGAUCCCCGAGUUCAAGAGCUUCGAGGAGCUGGAGCUGCCCAAACACUCCAAGGUGAAGCGGCAGACGAGCACGCCCAACGCCACCGACCUGGAGCAGCAGCCCGAGAUCAACAUGGACGAGUGGAGGCUCAAAUCCACCAAGGAGAUCCUGCAGAAGUUCCACGACUGUGACUGUCUUGCCAGUCAGGCCCAGCUGGCCAGCAUUCUGCUCCAGAAAGAAGGGCCACAGUUCAUCGCCAACGACGAGAACCUGAUGGAGGAGCUGGAGAGGAUCUACAGAAGAGCCGGGAGCAGGAAGCUUUGGUCUGUGGUGCGAUUGGCCGCCAGUCUCUUAACUAAACUAGUGGACAGCCUGGCCCCCAGUAUUACUAGCAUUUUAGUGCACGGCAAACAGGUGACGUUGGGGCUCUUCGGGCACGAGGAGGAGGUGAUCUCGAACCCGCUCUCCCCCGGAGUGAUCAAGGGCAUCAUCUACAGCAAGUGCGCCCAGGAGUGGGAGGCCGCGCUGCAGCAGGAGCUCGUCAUCCACAUCGGCUGGAUCAUCUCCAACGACCCCGGCCUCUUCAGCGGCAUGCUCAAGAUCCGCAUCGGGUGGAUCGUUCAGGCCAUGAAGCACGAGUUGAAGAUCCGUGCCGGUGACAUGCCGGUCCAGGACAUCUACCAGAUGUCCCCCAGCGACGUCAAACAGCUGCUCCUGGAGGUGCUCCAACCCCAGCACACCAGAAGGUCUUGGCUGCACAGGCGCCAAAUCGACGGCUCUCUCAACCGCACACCGCACGGCUUCUACGACCACGUGUGGCAGAUCCUGGAGAGGACUCCCAACGGCAUCAUGGUGGCUGGAGUUCAUCUCCCCCAGCAACCCACGCUGUCGGACAUGACGAUGUACGAGAUGAACUUCUCCCUGCUGGUGGAGGACAUGCUGAAGAACAUCGUGUUACCCGAGUACAGGCAGAUCAUCGUCGAGCUUCUGAUGGUUGUGUCCAUCGUGCUGGAGAGGAACCCGGAACUGGAGUUUCAAGAGACGGUGGAUCUGGACCGCCUGGUCAAGGAGGCCUUCAGUGACUUCCAGUGCGACCGCAGCAAGCUUGAAGGGGCGGAGAAGCAGGAUGGCAUGGAGGUGUUCUACAACACCCCAGCGUUGGGCAGGAGGGGCACGUCCUGCUACCUGACGAAGGCUGUUAUGAUCCAGCUGCUUCAAGGCGAGGUCAAACCCAGCAAGGACGACCCCUGCUCCGUCAGCUGAGCCCGUGGACGACCCCUGCGCCGUCAGCUGAACACGUGGACGACCCCUGCGCCGUCAGCUGAACCCGUGGACGACCCCUGCUCCGUCAGCUGAACACGUGGAGCUUUAUGCUAACACCCUGCUAGCUUUAGGGCCUUUAGUCAGUAGUGACAGUCUUUAAGCUGUCAGAAAACCUCAUGUAAAUGAAACAUAGCAUUCAAGAUAGGCAGUGGAAAGAAAAUAGGCAGGUGACAUCAAUUCUCAACGAAUAAAAUGGCAAGAUAUGAACCAUGCGUUGAUUGUCACUCAAAGCUGUUGUAUUAGGUGAAUUGUUGUGCUUUUUCAGAUUUUCUUGUGUGUAAAUCCUGCUGCAGUAUGUUCACCGGUGAAGCAUGGAGCCACUUCUGUAUUGUGUAGCUAAUUUUGCUUCCGUUUCUAACCAGCCAUUUUGAUGUGAACUUUGGCCGCUCUUUUUGCCUUCGUUUGCCAACUUCACUGUGAGGGAAGUGUGCAAGUGCAUGUGUACUUUAAAAGUGUGUACUUAAAGUAAAGAAGAGAAGCGCAGAGUGUGCAGAUGGCCAUAGCACACUGCUGCACUCAGAGGAAUGUUGAUCUUUAGUUCUUAUUGCCAUCCCUUUCCUCUGGGAACCGCUUUAACACGUGAUAUUUUCACAACUUAUUAUCUAUGAUCAGAUCAUCAUGUGUUGUUUAAAAUAAACUACCAGUGUCAGUUA